AUGCCUCACUCCAUCCUAGUGUCACCCAAAGAGAGCUGUGAAGUCUGCAGGCUGUCAUCUCGGAGUGAACUGCUGCUGGCCCUCUCCAGACCUCUGAGACCUCUCUGCCUGACCGCAUGCCUGCCUGAACUGGCUGCCUGCCCAUCACUGUCCCUCCCUCCCCCCUCCACCUCUCUCUCCUCCUGAACAAACCCAUUAGCGUUUGAUUUAAAGGAUCCUCAGCAGGGAGAAGGGGCUUCUUUAAACCUUGUAAAGUGGCCCCCUAAUCCUUCAAGUACUGCCAUAAAUCACCUCAGGAUUACCACCGCUCUGCCACGCAGCCAGCUGCUUCCUGGCCCUGUCAUCGGGCAGGGCACCAGGCGGUGGGGUGGGGUGGGGUGUGGUGUGGUGCCGCCUGUCUCUGUCCCCUGCCCCAGCGUAGGAGCUGUUAGCUAGGGCUGGGAAUUGCCAGGGACCUCACGAUAUGAUAUUAUCACUAUACUUAGGUGCCGAUAUAUGUAUUGCGAUUCUCACGAUUCUAUAUGUAUUGUGAUUCUCAUGAUUCUAUAUGUAUUGUGAUUCUCACGAUUCUAUAUGUAUUGUGAUUCUCAUGAUUCUAUAUGUAUUGUGAUUCUCAUGAUUCUAUAUGUAUUGUGAUUCUCAUGAUUCUAUAUGUAUUGUGAUUCUCAUGAUUCUAUAUGUAUUGUGAUUCUCAUGAUUCUAUAUGUAUUGUGAUUCUCAUGAUUCUAUAUGUAUUGUGAUUCUCACGAUUCUAUAUGUAUUGUGAUUCUCACGAUUCUAUAUGUAUUGUGAUUCUCACGAUUCUAUAUGUAUUGUGAUUCUCACGAUUCUAUAUGUAUUGUGAUUCUCACGAUUCUAUAUGUAUUGUGAUUCUCACGAUUCUAUAUGUAUUGUGAUUCUCACGAUUCUAUAUGUAUUGUGAUUCUCACGAUUCUAUAUGUAUUGUGAUUCUCACGAUUCUAUAUGUAUUGUGAUUCUCACGAUUCUAUAUGUAUUGUGAUUCUCAUGAUUCUAUAUGUAUUGUGAUUCUCAUGAUUCUAUAUGUAUUGUGAUUUGAUACUGUGAUUUUAUUGCGUUUCGAUGUUCCAAACGUAUUGCUACCCAUAUGUCUGCCUGAGAGUUUUGAUCAGUCAUGGAAAUAGAAAUGUUGAAAACAAAUUGGCUCCCUAUUUAAAAGAAGGAGAAUAAUCUAUGAAGGAAUAAUACUGGAGUUUUGGUGCAGCCAACUAGCGCAAAAAUAAUAUUGUGAUAUUGUCAAAACGAUACGAUAUGAUGCAAUAUAUCAUCAAAGAUAAUAUCCCGAUAUGUAACUAUCGAUUCCCCCCCCCACAUCACUACUGUUAGCCUGGACCCAGGUGGGGCAUGGCUCAGCCUAAUUGACCUCCUGCUCCAGGGGUGUGUGAGGCGUGAGACAGCAGGAUAGCGUCAGUCCAGAUUGGGCACUAGCUUCCUGGUAAUUUAUCCUAAGUCACUGUGUGACACGACUUUGCCCUGGGGAGAGAUAUUCUGCCAGACAACACCUAUGUCUAGAUCACAAGUAACAUAGCCUUCAGCAUGAGGAGUGUAGCCUGUAUCACAAUACGGGUACUAAAUUGUGGUGUUUCUUUCAAACAGAGCAUGACCUAUUGGACCUGUCCAUUACAGAGGUCUGUCUUUGUCAGGUGGCACAUCUCACCAGGAGCUCUGCGUUAUGCAUCUCACUCACACUAAUUCUCUCUCACAUGGAGAACCAUUUCACUGUGUCUUAGAGAUAGCGUGAAGCUUUCCUUAACACCAUGAAACACACCAGUGUGGCUUUGUUUUUAUAACUGAGGAAUUAUAAGAUUGUGAAGCCAUUACCUUUUUAUGAUAGGAUUUGGAGAUGCUCUAAUCUUUACUACAGUUAACAUCACACAACUUCAGAAAUUAUCUUAUUUUUUACCUCACUGCUUUUUUACCUCAUAGCUCAUCUGAUUUAAUUCCAUUGUAUAACAAUUUUAGUUAAUUUUCACAGUUAAUUUAUUAUGUGUGUGCCUCUAGCCACUAGGCUGUAAUGCUAUUUUCUUCCCUAGAUCUAGCUCGCACAGACCAAGACCAUGUGACCUAGAAUUGAGGUCACCUUGUUUGGAGGCAGGUUUAGCAUCUUACUCCUCUGCUCCAUAUGUCUGUGCUGCCUCUGCUACUGUUUAAUUCAUGGUGUCCCCUUUAUCUUCCUGGAACAUUAUAGGGAAGUAUUCUCUUCAGACUCCAACACAAUUCUGUGCUCGUUCCUGCAAUAUUGCAUCAUUGAUUUUCCUGGUCCUUCACCUAUGUGUUGGUUAGCAUCAUUGUGAGCCAUGAGCUGGGCUAUUCAAGGCUGGUCUCCCAUCCAGACGGUGCAGUCUCAGACGACUGGCGGACGCCCCGUCAGCAUCCCAGUCACUUAGGUUCAGUUAGGGGCCUAAAGAACCCGUUACUAAGCUGUCUGUCAACGCAGUAAUCCCAAUGACCUAAUGGCAUAGCUCAGCUGUGAAAUGAAGGUCCCCAUGAUUUACUGGCUAUGUCAUCAGUCUCAGUCUGAGGGGUGAUUCAGGCAUUUUAAUGGCCAUAUAAGACUACAUAAGUGUUUGUCUCAAACAAAAUCGCAUCCCCUCUAAAUAUCUAUUUUGCUGACCGUAUUGAAGUAUUGGACGUGGAAUAGGUUAUUACAAAGCAAUGAAUGACUUCACACUUACCUGCCAGUCACCAUGAGCUGGUUUCUGAUUGGUUUACCCUCUCAUCAACCCGCCCUCCUCCCCUCUGCUCUCCAGAUGAUUGGUUUAACAUUAACCCGCCCUCCUCCCGUCUGCUCUCCUCUCCUCUGCAGAUGAGCGUGAAGCAGUGCAGAAGAAGACCUUCAAUAAGUGGGUGAACUCUCACCUGGGCCGUGUGACGUGCCGCAUCGGGGACCUGUACACUGACCUGAGAGAUGGACGCAUGCUCAUCCGCCUGCUGGAGGUGCUGUCAGGAGAACAGCUGGUCAGUAACUCACAAUCCUCCUAACCCUGACCCUAACCUUAACCCUGACCAAUCACUCAUGGCUCUUGUCUCUCUUUGAUUUCUCUCUCUCUGUGCUCCUCUCUCUGUGCUCCAUUCUUCCUCUCCCUUUCUGUUUUCCAUGUCUCUUUCCAUCACUCUCUCACACCAACCUGACUCUUCCCCCUUCUCUCUCUCUUGUCUCUCUCCAGCCGAAGCCCACUAAGGGGCGUAUGCGUAUCCACUGCCUGGAGAAUGUGGACAAGGCCCUGCAGUUCCUCAAGGAGCAGAAGGUCCACCUGGAGAACAUGGGCUCCCACGACAUCGUGGACGGGAACCACCGCCUUACCCUGGGUCUCAUCUGGACCAUCAUCCUCCGCUUCCAGGUACCAUGUGACUCCUUGUAAUGUUCUGUACAAUGCCUUUCUAUAUGCCUUCCUAGAGAGUAGAGGGCACACGUGAAUAUUACACAUCCCAGCCCAGUCGUGUCCCGUUCGUCACCCUCACCUGGGUCAACCCCACCCUGCAUAGUUCAAAACUAAUGGGAAUGGAAGCAAUUACUACUGUUCUGUGGUUUUCUGGGGCCAUUGUGGUUUCAGAGAAUGUUAAUAUUCUGAUGAGAUUUGAGUGUUCAAUUUUUCCCUCAUCUUCUUUUCAUGACGAGAGAGAGAGAGAGAGAGAGAGAGAGAGAGAGAGAGAGAGAGAGAGAGAGAGAGAGAGAGAGAGAGAGAGAGAGAGAGAGAGAGAGAGAGAGAGAGAGAGAGAGAGAGAGAGAGGACUAAGUAGGCAGCGUGUCUGACUGAGAGGGUACUCUGCUCUACUGACAGAUCCAGGACAUCAGUGUGGAGACUGAGGAUAACAAGGAGAAGAAGUCAGCUAAAGAGGCUCUGCUGCUCUGGUGUCAGAUGAAGACCGCUGGGUGAGAAGGGGGAGAGGGAGAUAUUCUAGGAUGUGUCCAGUAAUGUGAAUGUAUGAUAAAGAUAUGUGAAAUGAAAGGAGUUAUUUUAUUUAAAGAAUUUCCAGUGUUUGUCAACACCAAAAGAGCCUGGGUACUGAGUUGAUGAUUAAUGAGCUGUCACCUUGUCUCUGCAGGUACCCCAACGUCAACGUUCACAACUUUACCACCAGCUGGAGAGAUGGCCUGGCGUUCAACGCCAUCGUGCACAAACACAGGUCAAUGACCUUCCCCCUUUGUCCAUGUUGCAAUGUCACACUAUAAAAUGCGGUUGUCACUCAUGUUAACUGUAGGCCCUGGCAUUGCUCGCUGACCGUGUCAAGUGAUAUAUUAAUUCUGUCCGUGACUUGAUGUUUAGUACCUUGGCCUGUUGGCCUUGCAGUGUCGUUGAGGAAUACGCCUGUUGACACCCAGCCUCCCUGGGGGGGGGUGGGGGGGGGGUCUGUAUCCCCAUUCUCUAUCUGGGUUUGUUCUCUCUCUCUCCAAACCCUCUGCACUUUGGCUAAAUGGAUGAAAAUAAAAUGGGAGUUAGUUGACCUAGAUAAUUAAUAAAACCAACUCGUUUUGCAUGCAAGGCCAUGCCUGGUGACUCACCGCCACCCUCUGCUGGUGACUCAUACUGCAUUAAGGUGGGAGUUAGGCUCCUAGAGAGUCUGAUUUUAACAUGACAACAACUCUGUAACAAAUGGAAGCCCAUGGAUGACGCCCAUCAGUCAAAUACUGGCACAUGAAUGUAUGCCUGCAGCUAUUGUAUAUUGCUCACUUGAGACUCAAAGUACGAGUAGUUUGAAAUGUGGACUGAAUGAGCUACAAAGCAAUCAUGUAUUUUCUGUCACUGCCAUUUUCCUUAUCUGAUUAGAAUGGGGUCGCUCUGAAUAAGUGGAAUAAUGUUGAAGUUGACUUUGCCUACACUUAUCUUAGAACAUACAAAAUCAUGGUGACGUGUUGAUGAACUCAACUUGUACUGGUUAAGAUGCUGUCAUUACCCCUUAUACAUGAGAUUCCUUUCGUUAAAAGCAACACCUGUUUUCCCCUACAGACCGGAUGUGAUUGAGUUUGACACCCUGAAGCGGUCCAACGCCCACUAUAACCUCCAGAAUGCCUUCAACACAGCAGAGAAUAAGCUAGGCCUCACCAAACUCCUGGACCCUGAAGGUGAGUCAGGGAGGUCAGAGCUCAGACUGGACACGGAUUGGGCUGUGUGUGGCCUCUGCCCUUCCCCUCUGGACAGUUGCCACCAACACAGUGCUCCUGUCCUGUACGGGGCUAGGUGGACGGGCUGGAUAGGGUGUGGGAGGAGGAAGGGAUGGAGGAUUACUGGAAUGAAUUACAACUUAAGUAAGAAUAGGGGCUAUUUGGCUAGGCUGGCUUAAUGUUGCCCUCUGACAUCACAGAGGAAGUCCAUACAUGGUGAGGGGUUGGCAACGCUCUGGGGCAAUCAAUCAGGGCAGAUUUAGAGACGAGCACCACGUGUGUUUAAGUUGAAUUGACUGGGUUGAGAUGGGAGACUGUUUGUGUGGGAGUGUGUGUCAGUGUGUGUUCGACUGUGUGGAAGUUUGUGUGUCUGACUGUGUGUGUGUGCGUGUUUGUGUCAAUGUGUGUCUGACUGUGUGUGUGUGUGUCUCAGUAUGUGUGUGAUUGUGUGCAUGCAGAAGUGUGUGGAGAGGAGGUGAGGAGCACAGUGAGAGGAUCAAGUGUAAAUGAACUUGAAUGCUGAAGUAGUGCCUGUCUCUCUUUCCAGAUGUUAACGUUGACCAGCCAGAUGAGAAGUCCAUCAUCACCUACGUGGCCACCUACUACCACUACUUCUCCAAGAUGAAGGCCCUGGCUGUGGAGGGCAAGAGGGUUGGCAAGGUGGGGUACAAUGGCUAACAAUUUAUGGGUCUGUGCGUGCGUGUCUUCCUGUCACUGUCUUUGGAGCCCAUCUAACCCCUCUCUCUCUCUCCCUCCCAGGUGCUGGACUAUGCUAUUGAGGCUGACCAGCUAGUAGGGAACUAUGAGAGCCUGGCGUCAGAGCUGCUGCAGUGGAUCGAGCAGACCAUCCUCACCCUGAACGACCGGCAGCUGGCCAACUCCCUAAACGGCGUGCAGAACCAGCUGCAGGCCUUCAACACCUACCGCACAGUGGAGAAACCCCCAAAGUAAGACUGGGAAAUGUAGAAUUUAAGAACAGGAGUGAUGUUCUAGAUUGGAACAUAGAACUCAAGUUGACAGAUACACAUGUUCCAGCAGGUUGGAAUCAUAACUGCACAUAUUCCAUGGUAAGUGUCUGACCUGGCUGUGUUGGUGUUCCUCAGGUUCACAGAGAAAGGCAACCUGGAGGUGCUGCUGUUCACCAUCCAGAGCAAGAUGAGAGCCAACAACCAGAAGGUGUACAUUCCCAGGGAGGGAAAGCUCAUCUCUGACAUCAACAAGGUAUCAAUGUCGCUCAGCUGUACACCCACAGGGCUCCAGUUACUCGCUGUUUAAAUGCAAUACUUAUCCUGAAUAGAGCUUCAGUAAACAACAGUUAACCCUGCAGGUGUCUAGGAUCGUGAAUAACACCCCUGUUUAAGGGACCUCUCUGACUAGGUGUGUUGUGAUUGGCUCUGCAGGCGUGGGAGCGUCUGGAGAAGGCGGAGCACGAGCGGGAGCUGGCGCUGAGGAACGAGCUGAUUCGCCAGGAGAAGCUGGAGAUGCUCGCCGCUCGCUUCGACCGCAAGGCCGCCAUGAGGGAGACCUGGCUGAGCGAGAACCAGCGGCUCGUCUCUCAGGUAACACACACACUCUCACACCCCUGGCCUUGACCUGGUCAUAUAUUCAAAAUCAGGAGGAUGGCAGUUAUAUUGUCUGUCUCCCAGGUGUCCACAGACCAGAGAUAACAGUAAUCAUAAGUGAUGGUUGUGAUGACAUUAUUUUGAGUGGACAGGUUUACUGCAGACCAGCCAGUCUAAUGAUCUCAGUAAUGCAGAGGGGAGUGAUUAUCUAAAUGACUACAGACACACUGUAGCCAGCUGAUCUCCAUUGAAUGGUGUUUACAACCAUGAUUUGUUAUCACUGUCAUUUCUAGAAGUGAGAGUGGAUUUAGCAAUUUAAUAGACUACCCUUGUAUGCAUUUGAACACAUUGACCCUUUCUAUCACAGAUAAGUUAAUUACCAACUUCUCCCACUUCUGACCUCACUCUGUCCUCUUGUCCCUCAGGACAACUUUGGAGUGGAACUGGGAGCGGUGGAGGCCGCCACCCGUAAACACGAGGCCAUCGAGACGGACAUUGGGGCGUACGGGGAGCGUGUGGCGGCCGUAGAGUCGGUGGCCAGGGAGUUGGAGGCGGAGAACUACCAUGACGUGCGACGUGUGCUGGCGAGGAGGGACAACGUGCUGCGGCUGUGGGAGUAUCUGAAGGAGCUGUUAGCUGCUCGCAGGGAGAGACUCCACGCACACCGAGACCUGCAGAGACUGCUGGAGGAGAUGAGAUACAUCAUGGACUGGAUGGGAGACAUGAAGGUACUGGAACAUAUCAACAUGCCAACUCUGCACAUACAAUAUAUUCUCCCAGUGUAGAAUAUGUACUGUUGGUCAUGGUCAACCUUCUGUAAUCCUGUCAAUUUCACACUAUCAACCCUGCAUGCUAGUACUCCUUUCAAAAUGGUUACAACUCCUGGGCGUAAUGGGUUUACAGAGGUUGACUGAGGACUGAGGUAGUCCUGACUGUGAGAAUGGCAGAAUGAAGUCUGCCUGAGUGUAUUCUUAGCUCUUGGCCUCAGCUGAUUCCCUUUCCCCUGCCUACCUUAAAGGGCAACUCCACCACUUUUCAACCUCGUAUUCAUUGUCUCCAGCACCAUACCAGUGUCUAUAUACAGUGGGGGAAAAAAGUAUUUAGUCAGCCACCAAUUGUGCAAGAUCUCCCACUUAAAAAGAUGAGAGAGGCCUGUAAUUUUCAUCAUAGGUACACGUCAACUAUGACAGACAAAUUGAGAAAAAAUAAUCCAGAAAGUCACAUUGUAGGAUUUUUUAUGAAUUUAUUUGCAAAUUAUGGUGGAAAAUAAGUAUUUGGUCACCUACAAACAAGCAAGAUUUCUGGCUCUCACAGACCUGUAACUUCUUCUUUAAGAGGCUCCUCUGUCCUCCACUUGUUACCUGUAUUAAUGGCACCUGUUUGAACUUGUUAUCAGUAUAAAAGACACCUGUCCACAACCUCAAACAGUCACACUCCAAACUCCACUAUGGCCAAGACAAAAGAGCUGUCAAAGGACACCAGAAACAAAAUUGUAGACCUGCACCAGGCUGGGAAGACUGAAUCUGCAAUAGGUAAGCAGCUUGGUUUGAAGAAAUCAACUGUGGGAGCAAUUAUUAGGAAAUGGAAGACAUACAAGACCACUGAUAAUCUCCCUCGAUCUGGGGCUCCACGCAAGAUCUCACCCCGUGGGGUCAAAAUGAUCACAAGAACGGUGAGCAAAAAUCCCAGAACCACAUGGGGGGACCUAGUGAAUGACCUGCAGAGAGCUGGGACCAAAGUAACAAAGCCUACCAUCAGUAACACACUACGCCGCCAGGGACUCAAAUCCUGCAGUGCCAGACGUGUCCCCCUGCUUAAGCCAGUACAUGUCCAGGCCCGUCUGAAGUUUGCUAGAGUGCAUUUGGAUGAUCCAGAAGAGGAUUGGGAGAAUGUCAUAUGGUCAGAUGAAACCAAAAUAGAACUUUUUGGUAAAAACUCAACUCGUCGUGUUUGGAGGACAAAGAAUGCUGAGUUGCAUCCAAAGAACACCAUACCUACUGUGAAGCAUGGGGGUGGAAACAUCAUGCUUUGGGGCUGUUUUUCUGCAAAGGGACCAGGACGACUGAUCCGUGUAAAGGAAAUAAUAAAUGGGGCCAUGUAUCGUGAGAUUUUGAGUGAAAACCUCCUUCCAUCAGCAAGGGCAUUGAAGAUGAAACGUGGCUGGGUCUUUCAGCAUGACAAUGAUCCCAAGCACACCGCCCGGGCAACGAAGGAGUGGCUUCGUAAGAAGCAUUUCAAGGUCCUGGAGUGGCCUAGCCAGUCUCCAGAUCUCAACCCCAUAGAAAAUCUUUGGAGGGAGUUGAAAGUCCGUGUUGCCCAGCGACAGCCCCAAAACAUCACUGCUCUAGAGGAGAUCUGCAUGGAGGAAUGGGCCAAAAUACCAGCAACAGUGUGUGAAAACCUUGUGAAGACUUACAGAAAACGUUUGACCUGUGUCAUUGCCAACAAAGGGUAUAUAACAAAGUAUUGAGAAACUUUUGUUAUUGACCAAAUACUUAUUUUCCACCAUCAUUUGCAAAUAAAUUCAUAAAAAAUCCUACAAUGUGAUUUUCUGGAAAAAGAAUUCUCAUUUUGUCUGUCAUAGUUGACGUGUACCUAUGAUGAAAAUUACAAGCCUCUCUCAUCUUUUUAAGUGGGAGAACUUGCACAAUUGGUGGCUGACUAAAUACUUUUUUUCCCCACUGUAUGUGAAAAUUAGGGAUGUAACGAUUCACUGAUACGCAUUGGUCGCCGAUUGAAAUGUUUAAGAUACAAGUGCAUCGGACCUCAAACCGAUCCAAAUGUAGCAUGCAUCGGUCAGAAAAUCUAUUGAAACGUUACGAAUUGCCAGUUCACUAAAAUGUUUUGCUCAUACUACAUUAUUUCUACCGUCCGAAAAUACCUCAAACUGAUGUGUCCUCUUUCAAGGUGGAACUGCAUGUAACUGUGUUGACAGUCAUUGAUCUGCAAGUCAUUUUGCAUGCCGAACAACCCCAGGCCUAGUCAAACUGUGCACUAUGCCCAGCUUCGCGCGUUGACCAACGCGAGGUAUGCGGCCUGUUCCUGAUCUUGCACAUUGCGCAGCACCUUCAGCAAUGUCUUGUGUGAUAUUAGGCUUUCUUAGUUGAGUGACAACCUAUGUAAUUUGCUAGGUUAUUGUUAUCUAUGCGCUGUUGAAAAUGGUGUUUUUACCGGAAUAAAAGUAAGCAAUCGGAGACACAACUCUCAUCUGGCUAUACCUGCUUACAACAGAUUUUAUUUAGAUUGUUCAGGUUCACCAUCAGCAAUAGUUUUGGUAGUUUUGCUUUAAAUAAUCAGUGUACAGUCGUGGUCAAAAGUUUUUAGAAUGACACAAAUAUUAAUUUUCACUAAGUCUGCUGCCUCAGUUUUUUAUGAUGGCAAUUUGCAUAUACUCCAGAAUGUUAUGAAGAUUGAUCAGAUGAAUUGCAAUUAAUUGCAAAGUCCCUCUUUGCCAUGAAAAUGAACUUAAUCCCCCCAAAAAACAUUUCCACUACAUUUCAGCCCUGCCACAAAAGGACCAGCUGACAUCAUGUCAGUGAUUCUCUCGUUAACACAGGUGAGAGUGUUGACGAGGACAAGGCUGGAGAUCAGUCUGUCAUGCUGAUUGAGUUAGAAUAACACACUGGAAGCUUUAAAAGGAGGGUGGUGCUUGAAAUCAUUGUUCUUUCUCUGUUAACCAUGGUUACCUGAAAGGAAACACGUGCCGUCAUCAUUGCUUUGCACAAAAAGGGCUUCACAGGCAAGGAUAUUGCUGCUAGUAAGAUUGCACCUAAAUCAACCAUUUAUCGGAUCAUCAAGAACUUCAAGGAGAGAGGUUCAGUUGUUGUGAAGAGGGAUUCAGGGUGCCCAAGAAAGUCCAGCAAGCGCCAGGACCAUCUCCUAAAGUUGAUUCAGCUGCGGGAUUGGGGCACCACCAGUGCAGAGCUUGCUCAGGAAUGGCAGCAGGCAGGUGUGAGUGCAUCUGCACGCACAGUGAGGCAAAGACUUUUGGAGGAUGGCCUGGUGUCAAGAAGGGCAGCGAGGAAGCCACUUCUCUCCAGGAAAAACAUCAGGGACAGACUGAUAUUCUGCAAAAGGUACAGGGAUUGGACUGCUGAGGACUGGGGCAAAGUCAUUUUCUCUGAUGAAUCCCCUUUCCGAUUGUUUGGGGAAUCCGGAAAAAAGCUUGUCCGGAGAAGACAAGGUGAGCGCUACCAUCAGUCCUGUGUCAUGCCAACAGUAAAGCAUCCUGAGACCAUUCAUGUGUGGGGUUGCUUCUCACCCAAGGGAGUGGGCUCACUCACAUUUUUGCCUACGAACACAGCCAUGAAUAAAGAAUGGUACCAACACAUCCUCCGACAGCAACUUCUUCCAACCAUCCAAGAACAGUUUGGUGACAAACAAUGAAUGAAUGCUUGUAAUUAUACUUCAGUAUACCAUAGUAACAUCUGACAAAAAUAUCUAAAAACACUGAAGCAGCAAACUUUGUGAAGACCAAUACUUGUGUCAUUCUCAAAACCUUUGACCAUGACUGUAUAUAGUAAUUUUUAGAUAUACAGGGUAAAGUUGAUAAAUUCAUAACGAGGACAGCAAUCACUUUUGCGAGGCGCACUGCAUGGCCGAAGCGAGAGUAGAAGAGAUGAUCACUCUGUAAAAACCUCCAACCGGUCAAAACCAUUCCAUUUUGAGAUGGGGGUGAAAUCCAAAGUUCUGCUAUACACUCAGUGGCCAGUUUAUUAGGUACACUCCUCUAGUACCAGGUCGGACCCCCCUUUGCCUCCAGGACAGCCUGAAUUCUUCGGGGCAUGGAAAUGUUGCUCAAUUGGUAUCAAGGGACCUAACGUGUGCCAGGAAAACAUUCCCCACACCAUUACACCACCGCCACCAGCCUGUACCGUUGACACCAGGCAAGAUGGGGCCAUGGACUCAUGCUGCUUACACCAAAUCCUGACUCUGCCAUCAGGAUGACUCAACUGGAACCAGAUUCGUCAGAUCAGGCGACGUUUUUCCACUCCUCAAUUGUCCAGUGUUUGUGAUCACGUGCCCACUGGAGCCGCUUCUUCUUGUUUUUAGCUGAUAGGAGUGGAACCCAGUGUGGUCGUCUGCUGCAAAAGCCCAUCCGUGACAAGGACCGACGAGUUGUGCACACCACUGUAGUACUGUGCUGUUAUUUGCCUGUUUGUGGCCCGCCUGUUAGCUUGCAUGAUUCUUGCCAUUCUCCUUCGACCUCUCAUCAACGAGCUGUUUUUGCCCACAGGACUGCCGCUGACUGGAUGUUUUUUGUUUGUCGCACCAUUCUCGGUAAACCCUAGACAUUGUUGUGCGUGAAAAGCCCAGGAGGCCAGACGUUUCUGAGAUACUGGAACCGACGCACCUGGCACCGACGAUCAUACCACGCUCAAAAUUGCUUAGGUCAUUCGUUUUGCCCAUUCUGACAUUCAAUCGAACAGUAACUGAAUGCCUCGAUGCCUGUCUUCCUGCUUUAUAUAGCAAGCCACGACCACGUGACUCACUGUCUGUAGGAGCAACCAUUUUUGUGAACGGGAUGGUGUACCUAAUAAACUGGCGUAGCUAAUUUGUAAACAAUAAAUAUUGAAACAUUACUAGCACAAACACUUAAUCUGCUAAAAUAUCAAGUUCAUUAGUGGGUGAUGGUGAUUUCAGAACCAAAGUGGGGGGACAAAAAAACAUAGGCUACAUUGUCCCUCCUAUAUCUGAUAGUGGUAGUGGGGUGGUAGAUGCCUAGUCUCCCUUAUGGUUCAGCUCAGGUGCCUACAUAGUACAUACACCAUAGACAUACAUCAUUUACACGCGCACACACACACACACACACACACACACACACACACACACACACACACACUCUCAUUAGUCAUCUUAGACAGAUUCAGCUCAGAGAGGCCAAGCUCAUCAGCAGCAGUUCCAUCAGCAGCAGAUUUAAAUUUAGAAUAGAAAAUGUGUGUUUAUGCAACAAAUGUUAGUGAAUCGCAUCGAAUCAAAUUGCAUCGAUUCAUCCUGUAAUCAAACCAAAUCGCACCGAAUCAUUUCAAACUAAAACGUAUCGUUCCUGUAUCGUAUCGGAGCACAUGUAUCUAGAUACGUAUCGAAUCAUCUUGAAAGGGAAAGAUGCACAUCCCUAGUGAAAAUGGCGUGUUUCUAUGACCUGUGGUUAAAAAGAUCAGAAGAAAGGUCCUAAAAAAAAUUUUCUCUGUGACAUCACAGGGUAGGAUUAAAAAUAAGAAAACCAGUGAUUUUCUAAACCUGCAACGAGUUUCUAGCCAGGAUGAGGGUAUUUUCUUGCUCCCCACGUCACUGGGAAUCUCAUAGUGUUUGAAAAUCACUGUUUUUAAAAUGUUUUAAUCCCUUACACUCGUGGAAAUUGGCCUGUAUGGAUAGGGCCAAAUGGAUAUGUUUCUAACAGAAAAACUACAAAAAUCAUAUGCAUGACCAUGGUAGCAAUUGAAAGAGAACACUUUGUAGAUUUAUGGGGAUAUUAUCAGAACAAAGGUGAGGACAACCGUUCCCCUGACACAAGACUGAAUCCAAACAUUACACUCUUGAUUUUAUGUGCUUUUCAUUUGUCAAUAACGAAAUCUGAAAAUACUCUGGAUACAUUCAGUAACAUAAUAAGAAUAUUCAUUGAAAUUUGGAGUAGGUGCAAGAUAAUAAAAUAAAAUAAAUGAUUACAAAGGUUUGCUUUAGAGGUCUAACUGGUGUCUCCAAGUGGCCACACACCUCUCCAAACUGUGCACAGUUCCUAAGUCAUUUCAAUGCACUUUUAUGACUCAAGGAAAGAGCCUUCAAAUAUAAGGUGCAUUUUGAGGUCUCCUAGCUUUGCCAUUGAGGAACUGAAGCAAGCACACUUUUGUUUGCAACACAGUCCUCACACGCAAUCCAAAAACGUUCCAUUAUAAAUCGCAAUCUGGGUCAGGUGUGCAUCAUUUGAAAGCUUAUUCUAGUGCAAACAUGGCUAGCUAAGUUAUACAAAUCUUAGUAUUAGGCUUUCAAAAGGCACUUCAGACAAACCAAUCGUAAUUUUGGUGUGCAUAGAAUGGAGUCCAAGUGCGUGUUCCGUUGCUAAUUUUCUUCACAAUACGACAAACAGGCUCAUUCUGUUCAGGACAACCCAGGGUAUAACUCAUGUCAGCCUUCUAACUGUGGAUCUAACAUAGCGAUCAUAAACGUUGAUACUGUACAUUUAAAUGUACGUUUUCAAAUAUGGAAAUGUGAACAUUUGAACUCAUGGGUGUGUGGUUUGCUUGUACGACAUCAAAGCGGUAUUCAUUAUAAUCCUCAAUGUUUCAUCUUUCAGAACACAUCGACUCCUCUCGAUUCACAGCAUUUCCCUCACCCAGACAAAAACAAAUGUGCAAAAGUACCCAAUUAGCGAGAGUGAUGGGGGCAACAUCCUGUCGCACGCGGUGCUCAAGUUUAUAAUGACUGUCAGUCCAAACCCAUACAGCGCUGUGACGCAGAGACCUUGAGCUCUGACCUCAUGUAUAGCAUGUUACUUUAAAGCCACUGCGGUCCAAUUUAAGCACUUAUCAAUGACAAAAUCUGCCAUUUCCAACCCGUAUACGGGAUGACUGGGUCUGUGAGUGGAAAGGGUUAACUUUUGAUGAUGUCGUCGGGUAGAACUUUUUUACUUUAUAUUUCUUUCAAAAAAAUGUAGAAAUGUGGCGUUGUUCACAUAUGUAGACACUGGUAUUGUGUGGGAAAUAAUGAAUAUGAAGUUGAAAAGUGGUGGAAUUGCCCUUUAACAGAUUGAUGUUAUUGUGAUUCAGAGAGAGCCUUGCCUCAUCAAUACCUAAUGAGCACUCUGUUUUCUCAAGAUAGUCUCGCUUAUCUGGCCCCUCAUUUACGAUAUUGACAGCUUUGCUUAAUCUGUAACUCAUUGACUGCUGGAACCAUAAUGUCUUACUAAUUCUCCCUCCCAUACCAUCUCAUUAGGAGCAUGUCUUCACUACGUAGAGAAUUUUGUAUUUUAUUAGGAUCCACAUUAGCUGUUGCUAAUGCAGUAGCUACUCUUCCUUUGGUCCACACAAAACAUACUUAGUACAGAACAUUGAUAGACAAGAACAGCUCAAGGACAGAGCUGCAUACAUGUAUAUGAUAAUAUAAAUAAAAAAGGUCCUGUACAAAAACACUGAGAAGACAGAGAGACCCAUACUAUAGGCCUACAGAGUCCAGACAUGUUUCUAACAUGUCUUCCUGCAAUGUGCUCUCCCAGGGUCGUCUGCAGUCCCAGGACAGUGGGAAGCACCUGCAUGAUGUGGAGGACCUGCUGCAGACUCACAACCUGGUGGAGGCAGACAUCUCAGCCCAGGCAGAGAGGGUCCGCGGGGUACAGAGAGCUGCUCAGCGCUUCACCUCCGACCAACAGGGUGAGACUACAGACAUGCACACACAUUUUAUACACACAUUGCUACUGUUUGAGUAACUAUGAAAGGGAUAACAUUAGACUACUAUGCACUAUGCAACAUUUGUUUGGAUUCCCCCCACUGCUAACUAAAUAACGAUUUAUUUUUCUCCAUGUCUCUCUCUCUCAGUCUACAAGCCGUGUGAGCCGGCGCUGGUGGGAGAGAAGGUGUCUCUGCUGGGCCGGGCCUAUGAGGAGCUGGGCCAGCUAGCCGGGGAGCGUAGGGAGCGCCUGGAGGACUCACGGCGCCUCUGGCAGUUCCUGUGGGAGAUGGGAGAGGAGGCGGCCUGGAUCAGAGAGCAGGAGCAGAUCCUGUCUGGAGGAGACUGUGGCCGCGACCUCACCUCCGCCCUGCACCUCCUCAGUAAGCACGAGGCCUUCAGGGACGAGAUGGCAGCCCGCUACGGCCCUCUGGGCCACAGCAUCGCCGGCGGACAGACCCUGGUGGAGGAGGGACACUUUGGAGCCGCCGAGUGCACUGAGAGGAUCAGGGACGUCCGUGCUCAGUGGGCACACCUGGAGGAGGUCAGUGGGCAGGGGAAAGGAAAAGGAGAUGGACAAGUCUGGAGAGUAGUCAGCCCUCUAGCAAAAUGAAUAUAUAGACUUGAUGUAUUUCCUCUGUUUCUAUUCUGAUUCCUUCUCUCUCCCUCCGUCCCCAGACAUCCCAGCUGAGGGAAGAGCAGCUGAAGGAGGCGGUGGCCCUGCACCAGUUCCAGACUGACGCCAACGACAUGGAGGCCUGGAUCCUGGAGACGCUGCGCCAGGUGUCCAGCCAGGAGGUGGGCCACGAUGAGUUCUCCACCCAGACCCUAGCCCGCAAGCAGAGGGAGGUGGAGGAGGAGAUCCAGAGCCACCGCACCCUCAUCGACUCCCUGCAUGAGCAGGCCCUCGGCCUGCCCCCAGUCCAUGUAAACUCCCCUCAGGUCAGUUACCCCUGGAACAGUAUACCAAACCAACUCACACUUUCUACACUACUGCACACUCUCCCGGUUCUCCCUGCUAUUCUCUGUCAGGAGAUCUUUAGCGACUGUGUAUGACUGUCAGCGGAGCGUUUGGCUGAUGGUGCUAUGUCUGGUCAGAGGAGCGUUCUUGAUGGGCUAUGACCUGGUAUAGGGGUUCUGCUAUUGACUCUGGUCAGAGAGCGUUUCUGGUGACAGUUGCAUGAUCUGGUCAGGAGCGAGCUGACUGGUGCUUGACUGGUCAGGAGCGUCCUGGUGGUUGCUUUGACUCUGGUAUGACUCUGGCCGAUGGUGCUAGUAGAGGAGUUUGUCUGAUGUUGAUGACUAUGGCAGAGGAGUGUUUGGCUGUAUGGUUGAUUGACUGGUCAGAGGAGCAUCUUCUAGCUGACUGGUUGUUGCUGUCUGUCUGUGUAGGUGGAGGGUCGUCUGCCUGCUAUUGAGCAACGCUAUGAGGAGCUGGAGUCUCUGUCUGCAUCGCGGCGUCAGGCCCUGGAGGGGGCGCUGGCCCUCUACCGCAUGUACAGCGAGGCGGGCGCCUGCCAGCUAUGGGUGGGGGAGAAGGAACAGUGGCUGGACGGCAUACAGAUCCCCACCAAACUGGAAGACCUGGAGGUGGUGCAGCAGAGGUGAGCUGGGGAAGGGAGAAAUAAGGGAGGAGUGUUAGAAUGGUGGGAUAGGAAGAAAGAGAUGAUCUGUUAGUUAAAUGGCCUUUUCUUGAUUGAUAUCGAUCUGUAUACUCUGAUCAUUGUGCUUCGGUAAGUGGAGCGGAUAUCAAACUGAAUCUCUCUCCUCCUUUUAACAUCAAAACAACGUUUGGGUAUGAUAACGCUUCCUAUGAUUAUAUUUCAUUGUAGAGACAAAGCAAUGGAAAUAUGAGUGGGAAUAUGAGACUGUCUGAUGUAUCUAUGUGUGGCUGCAGGUUCGAGACCCUGGAGCCUGAGAUGAACAACCUGGGGACUCGUAUUUCUGAUGUCAACCAGGUGGCCCAGCAGCUCCUGGGAUCAGACAACCGCAGCAAAGAGCAGAUCCACCAGACACAAGACCAGCUUAACAACAGGUUAGUAGUACCUGACAUGUCUCAGACAUGAAAAACACACAUACCAUCUGAUACACAACCAAUACACUGCAUGAAGUGAGCACUGGGAACAGGUAAUUGAGACUUCCCGUUGCUCUGGUCCCCAGGUGGAAGGAGUUCCAGCGUCUGGCGGAGCAGAGGAAACAUGCCCUGGAGUCGGCCCUCAACAUCCAGAACUACCACCUGGAGUGUAACGAGAUCCAGACCUGGAUGAGAGAGAAGACCAAGGUGAUCGAGUCCACCGAGAGCCUGGGCAACGACCUGGCUGGUGUCAUGGCCCUGCAGCGCAAACUCACCGGCAUGGAGCGAGACCUGGAGGCCAUUCAGGUAUGUCAGGGUCAAAGGUUAUGGAGGUGGACAAAGACUUAGGGUAAACCUAAUGAAACCACAGCAUCAGAUAAUUUUAAAGAGAUAAUCAGUAUUGUUGAUUCAUUAAUUGUUAAAGAGAUCAUCAAUACUUUGUAUCAUUUUAUGUCAGAUUAUGUUGGUGACACCCAGGUUUAUUUUCCAUAUCUUUUCAGGGUAAAUUGGAUGACCUGAGAAAUGAGGCUGAGAAGCUGGCUGAGGAGCACCCGGACCAGGCCGAGGAGAUCCAUGCCCACCUGGGGGGGAUCCAGGAGGUGUGGGAGGAGCUCAACGCCACCAUGAAGCGUCGUGAGGAGUCUCUGGGCGAAGCCAGCAAGCUGCAGGGAUUCCUCCGGGAUCUGGAUGACUUCCAGUCCUGGCUGUCCCGCACACAGACUGCCGUGGCCUCAGAGGACAUCCCCACCUCGCUGCCAGAGGCUGAGCGCCUGCUCACCCUGCACGAGAGCAUCAAGAACGAGUGGGACAACUACAAGGAGGACUAUGAGAAGAUGCGGGCGGUGGGUGACGAGGUGACCCAGGGCCAGACGGACGCCCAGUACAUGUUCCUGGCCCAGAGGCUGCAGGCACUGGACACCGGCUGGCAAGAUCUGCGCCGCAUGUGGGAGAACCGCCACAGCCUGCUGGCCCAAGCUUUUGACUUCCAGACCUUCCUGAGGGACGUCAAGCAGGCUGAGGGCUUCCUCAACAGCCAGGUGAGGACCAGGACACCAGGGGAGGAGAAGAAACAUACAAAUAUACUGUUUAUCUUGAUGAAGUUACCAAUGGUUCUCUCUCCCUCUCUCUCUAUAGGAGUAUGUGCUGUCCCACACUGAGAUGCCCUCAAGCCUGCAGGGAGCAGAGGAGGCCAUCAAGAAGCACGAGGACUUCCUGACCACCAUGGAGGCCAGCGAGGAGAAGAUCACGGGCGUGGUGGAGGCCGGACGCCGCCUGGUCAACGACCUCAACGCCAACUCUGACAAGAUCCAGGAGAAGGCCGACUCCAUCCAGGAAGACAUCAGAAGAAUAGGGAAGCUGCAAAUGAACUCCUGUCUAAACUGA